UAUCAGAAGUCCGCCAUAGGCAGCUAAAAAUCCCCGAUACCUAUUAUCAUCAAGUGACCCACCGGAGCAGUGACUAUCAGAGGCUGUGAAUUGCAUUGGUCAGGAUUAACCGAUAUGCGAUAGUAAUAUAAGCUAUGAUAGGGGCAGACGGCGCAGGGGUACUGUGGCGCAGUGCGUGUGCCGAGUUCUGGCAGAUUCCUCUGCUAACUCCAACUAUGAAAGCAAACUCGCUUGACAUGGAAUCGUUAUCGGCACUGGUGCAAGACUGAUCAGUUUUUAGCGUCAGUAUGCAUGCCGGCGCACCAUCAUCGAUAGACAUUGGCGUCAGUCCUCACACAGAAACACCGCCAUUGGGAGACUCUGAUGCCGGUGCCGGUCCCCACAAUGACACCCAGUCACGGAGAUACUCCGACAUCGACCCCCAGACGAACACACCGCCGGACCCUAACGCCGGUCCUUAUACGGACACACCGUCAUUAGAAGACUCCACCACCACCUCCCACACGGGCAUACCGCCAUGCAAAGAUUGUAACAAUAACGCCAGUUCCCACACGCAAACAUCAUCUCCGGGCAGCGAGGUCACACAGUCAGAGGACCUGCAACAUCCGCCAGUGCGGACCACCAUUGACCACCUGGACAACGACAUGCUGAACGUCUUGCUGAGCUACCUGGAGUGCCGACAGCUGUUCCUCGCGAGGAGAGUCUGUAAGCGUUGGCGGGCGGCCGUGGAUUGCAUCGUCGACCACUACCGGCGCGUUUACCGUGACUGCCUGGGGAUAGACUCGGCGCCGACGACAGACCUGCACCUGACUCUCCUGGUGGAGAAACACCCGGACAUGACGCGGCUCCGGGCGCCCACCCCGCACUCCGGCACCGAUCUCCGCAUACCAGUCGGCAGAUGCUGUCAGCUGGUGUCUGCCGACCUGCGAGGUUUCCGUCACACCCGAUCGAGCCUUCUUCAGCUGCUUGUCAGCAAUUGCAACACCCUGGAGGCGUUGAUCCUGCCGGCCGGACUGGACGGCACUGAGUUGGCGGCGCUGCUGAAGCCACUCUGCUCACUGCGACAGCUGUCCGUCGUCGUGAACGAGAGGGACGAGGGCCGGUGGAUGGCGGCUCUGCCGCAGUCGCUACAGCAUCUCAACGUCAGGGGGCCGGAGGUGACGGAGCCGCGCUGGCCGCCGGACUGGUCCCUGCCCCGUCUGAUGGUGACCGUUCAGAGGCCUGCCGAGGACAUUGUGGGUCACCUGGCUGACCUGGGCCGCGAGGUCCAUGUGCUUCAGCUCUACUGCGGCCCGGACACGUCUGUCGGAGUGGAUUCCCUCUGCCGACUCGACGGUCUCCAGUACCUCUCACUGUCCGAUUGUUUCGGCAUCCUUCCCCUCGGCCUAAGAUGUCUCUCGAGACUCCCGAACCUGGUGCAUCUGAUCCUGUUCGGCGGCGUCACCGAUGCCUUUCUGCACAGUCUGCGCGGCUGCUGCCGUCUGCAGGGGCUGAGACUGGGGGACCGGACGCGACCGGCAGAGACGGCCUUCACGGCGGCAACGGUCAGCCGGGUGGUCGUAUCCUGUCGACAGCUGUGUGUGAUGUCCCUCCACUCCACGAUAGACACAGGCCGUGAGGUGGUGACCACUCUGAAGGAGGCCGACCUGGGACAGUACAGUGACGUUAACAUGCCCCGCACCAUCCGCAUCUGCUUCCCAGAGGAUAUCCUAAGUCAGCUGAGGGGCUACUCAACCAGGCGAGUGAAAGUGGACGACUGGCCAGAGUGGUGGCAGUAGAACGAGGAACAGCUGGCCAGACUGGAAGCAGUUGAACGAGGACAACUGGCCAGACUGGUGGCAGUUGAACGAGGACAACUGGCCUGAGUGGUGGCAGUUGAGCGAGGACAGCUGGCCAGAGUGGUGACAGUAGAACGAGGAACUGCAACUGGCAGGACGUCUGGCGACACUGUCCUGCAUUGUCCUCUUCCGAUGACAGGACAGCAAUUUUAGAGGUGACACAGACCAAGGUGAACCGUUUGUACUCAAAUGCUUGAAGAAAUACAUAUCAUACCCAAUUU